ACAAGUAAAUAUCAUCAACCACUUUCCCUCUAAUCUUCCUACCUCUCCCCACCAUCUUUAAUUCAUCUAUAAAUUGCAAGCUCCUAUUCAUUAGUCCAUACCACUCAAACACACACACAAGUAAUUCAUUAAUCCAUACCACUCAAACCCAAACACACACAAGUAAUUAUAGAGCCAUGGAGGAGGAGACAUUUCCAGUUGUGAACAUGGAGAAGCUGAAUGGAGAAGAAAGAGCUGCAACAAUGAACCUAAUCAAUGAUGCUUGUGAAAACUGGGGAUUCUUUGAGAUUGUGAAUCAUGGGAUCUCCACGGAGCUUUUGGACAGAGUGGAGAAGAUGACAAAGGGGCAUUACAAAAAGUGCAUGGAGGAUCGCUUCAAAGAAAUGGUGGCUGCCAAAGGCUUAGAAGCCGUUCAGACUGAGAUUGAUGACCUGGACUGGGAGAGCACUUUCUAUCUCCGCCAUCUCCCCAAAUCCAACAUCUCUGAGAUCCCAGAUCUUGAACACGACUACAGGGAGGUCAUGAAGGAAUUCGCUAAAGAGCUAGAGAAACUUGCAGAAGCUAUACUGGACAUACUGUGUGAGAAUCUGGGAUUGGAAAAGGGUUACCUAAAGAAAGUAUUCUAUGGGGGAAAGGGCCCCACCUUCGGGACCAAGGUGAGCAACUACCCUCCCUGUCCGAAGCCAGACCUGAUCAAGGGUCUAAGGGCCCACACCGACGCUGGCGGCGUCAUCUUGCUCUUCCAGGACGAUAAGGUCAGUGGCCUCCAGCUGCUCAAGGACGACAAGUGGGUUGAUGUGCCACCCAUGCACCACUCCAUCGUCGUUAACUUGGGUGAUCAGCUUGAGGUCAUCACCAACGGAAGGUACAAGAGUGUGCUCCACAGAGUCAUUGCUCAGACUGAUGGCACCGGCCGCAUGUCCUUAGCCUCCUUCUACAACCCAGGGAGUGAUGCACUCAUCUAUCCCGCCCCACAGCUAGUGAACAAGGAACAAGACAUGUACCCCAAAUUCGUGUUUGAGGACUACAUGAAGCUAUAUGCUCAAGUCAAGUUUCAACCAAAGGAGCCUCGCUUUGAAGCUUUCAAGACAAUGGAAGACCCCAUUGCAACCGCUUAAUCAAACCACCUACACUACACAUGUGUCUAUUUAUUUACUUCAAUAAAAAAAAAUUAUGUAAUGUUUGUGUUGGAGCUAGUUUAUUGAUUUCAUCAUAGCUAUUAUCUAUCAAUGGUUUAUGUAACACCUCUAUACCCUAAUUAGUCACUAAGUUAUCUCUCUAUAUAUGUUGAUAUUCCAAACCUAA